UAAUCUUGUGCGGUAUGUCUUUUUUCUUGAAUUGGAUUGAAAAUCCUGUUCUUGUUUUGAAUUGAAAAUGGACAUCGUUCCACACACCAGAGACGCGAUUCAACUUCCAGUUCCCUAGAAACUGGUAAACUGCAGUUAGACAGCAGUUGACUAGCAAGCGAAGCGACAAUUUUCUUGGACAGAGCCACAGCACCACCCAGGUCUUCGAGCUGUAAAACCGUGGUGCCAGUUGGCACCUGGAUCAGAACGAUGAGGCUCGCUUGUCGCCAGGGCCCUGAAGGAGCAGCUAUUACAGAGAAGAGUUUGGAGGGGCAUUCAACGGACUGUGACUGAUCAAAUUUCUCAUUCUAACACCAAAAGGAAAGGAACCAUGUGGGCCAAAGCUGUGUGGAAGCUGGUGACUAUGUCUGUGCUGCUGGUGGCCCACUUGAAUCAGUGCCGAGCUGAAAAGGAAAUCACAGUGGAUCCGCCCCGAGACCUUCAGAUCAUGGACCCUGGGCAUCUGGGACAGCUGCAUGUGCACUGGGCCCUGCCCACGAGCCUGGAGAACGUGACAGACUGCAUGGUGCGCUUUCAGCUCCAGUACUUUGACUACGAGGAGGAGCGCUGGAGGGCGGUGAGAACAGUGCGGCUGAGCUACAGUAUUCAGUUUGACUUGGAGAAGGACAUCCGCGUGAAGGUUCAGACCAUGCUCCGGGGUCCUUGCACAGGCGGAGCCAGUGAGCUCCAGAGCCCACCUGCAGAACUGCACCUGCAGCCUCCCAAAACAGGUCCUCCUGACUCAAAAAUUGAGGGUUUGAGCUGCAUAUUCUACCAGAAGGAAUACAUGGAUUGCACUUGGACAAGGGGAAGGGGGAAGCCUUAUGCCAAAUACCACCUGUACUUCUGGCAUGAAGGGAUGGAGCAGGCGGCGGAGUGCCCAGAGUACCUCCACUCCCACGGGCGCAGGCAUGGCUGCAGGUUUCCUGGGGACACCCUGCUGGAAUUCACUGAAUUCAACGUCUGUGUGAAUGGGUCAUCCUCAGGGCCCCUGCUGCAGCCUGCUUACUUUACCAUGCAGCUACAAAACCACGUGAAGCCAGCUGCCAUUGACGUUUUGAGCCUUGAGCCCCUCCCUGGUGGGGGGGUGUGCCUGGAAUGGGUGCCUCCCAAAGGGAAGAUACCUGAGGACUGUCUGGAGUUUGAGGUGGAGUCCGUACCAGAGGGAAAGGUUGGACCAAUGCUGAGGAACGUCACCAGGGAGCUGUCCCUGAUCGUCCCUGACCAGGACCUGUGCGGUGGCCUCUGCUUCUGGGUCCGAUCCAGGGUGCACCAGUUCUGCAGUGACGACAGCUUCUGGAGUGAGUGGAGCCACACCCAUUGCUUGCCAGAAAGCCCUGACUGCCUUCACACCCACACAGAGGCAGUCAUACUCUGUGCAACAGCCAUAGUGAUCAUAAUGCUCUUUAGUCUUGCAAUGUGUUGGCUGGUCUACAGGAAAAUCAUGAAGAACCGAAAGGAAGACAUUUUGCUUUGAGCUUGUUUGGGAUGAACACUUCAGUCGUCUCUCACACAAGUCCCAGCCCACACCAGAAGAGGACCAGAAAAGGACCAAAAAAUCACCGUGCUGUUACAAACAUGAUAUUCAUAUUCCUGUGCAUAUGAUAAAUGGUUUGGGGAGGAGACAGAAGGUUUCUCUGAAUUAUUUUCCAGCCACUAGUUUUAAAGCCAAGUAUCAGGUGUAAUUAGCCUAUGUCAUGCUUUGCACAAGUGGUUAGGCAUUACUGAAAAAGAUUUAUGUGAUUAGAUGCUUUUUUGUCAAAAUUGUUUUCUUUUACAUGUUCUUAGCUUGUGCAGAAUGAUUUUUCUAGAUCUUAGGAAACUCCAUUAACUUUUAACAUGUCACAUUUAAGUUAUAUCUUUACACAACAACAAUAAGAACUGCCUUUAACCUGUUGAUUGUUUUGGGUUCACCAUGCCAUUAACAACGUUAGCGUGAUCAACACAGGGUGCACUAUAACUUAAAACAAGUCCAAAAACUUGCCUCAUGUUACAUUUUAGUCCACUGGAAUAUCUAAGACCUUGCUGUUCUUGCCAUUUUUACGUUCAGGUAAAGAACACUGGAUCAGCAGUUGCUCUUUCCUAGUUCAAUGCUGACUGUUGUGGUCCAAAAGAGUCUUGUGCAAUAAUACAGACAGUUUAAGCUGUCUCUGCUGCAGGCAACAUAUUAUUCUUCACUAUGACACUCUUAACCAAAACAAAGUGAGCAAAUUUUACAUUAUCACAUUUAUUUCAUUUUUUCCAGUAUUCUUGUGAAUGUAUGCAACAUAUCGUUCAGAUUUGGUCUACUGCCUGUAAUGUACUACUGCUAAGUUAUUCAAAUACACUAUAUUGCACUGUGUGAUUGUGCACUGGGUUGCCAAAUAUCUUGCCAGAUACUUAACUCUUCUAUUUGUUGUUUAUCAUGUUCAAUUUGUCACAGAAUGUUUGAUAACUUUUUUCGAUAAGCCAGUCACCACACAUCAGGGUUAACUUUGUGCUAAUUUUGUAACAUACAGGGAUCAGUGACAAUUCCUUGCCAAACAGAAGCACUUAUAAUUCACUCCUGUUGCAUUCUCUGGAUCUAACAAAGAUCGUAACUGGUAAGAACAGGAUGAAAUAAAGGCAAAUACAGUUAUUGAAACUAUUGCAAUGUAACCUUACACGUUUUGGGAUGUAACACAUUAUCUCACAUAAACAUGAAAUAAAAUAGCUACAUUAU